AUGUCAUACGAGGACAAGUACGAGACGUUGGAGAAGAUUGGCCAUGGCUCCUUUGGCAUCAUUCGCAAGGUCCGGCGCAAGGCCGACGGCUUCAUCAUGUGCCGCAAAGAAAUCUCCUACCUCCGCAUGUCGCAGAAAGAGCGCGAGCAGCUCCACGCCGAGUUCCAGAUCCUGUCGCAUCUCCGCCAUCCGCACAUCGUCGCCUACUACCACCGCGAGCACCUCAAGGCCAGCCAGGACCUGCAUCUAUACAUGGAAUACUGCGGCAACGGCGAUCUUGGGCGCGUCAUCAAGGAUCUGCAGUUAAAGGGCCAGCGGGCGCAAGAGAGCUUCGUCUGGAGCAUCUUCAGCCAGCUGGUUCUGGCGCUGUAUCGCUGUCAUUAUGGAAUAGACCCUCCGGAGGUUGGCGGCAAUGUCCUCGAUCCGUCUGGAACCGGUGCUCCGAAGCCGCCGGCGGGCGCCGUGACGAUCCUACACCGAGAUUUGAAGCCUGAAAAUGUGUUUCUGGGCGAAGACAACUCCGUCAAGCUGGGUGACUUUGGCCUGUCAAAGAUGAUCAAGUCGCAGGACUUUGCUUCCACUUACGUCGGCACCCCAUUCUACAUGUCACCCGAGAUCUGCGCGGCCGAGAAAUACACCCUCAAGUCAGACAUUUGGUCACUGGGUUGCAUCAUCUACGAACUCUGCGCUCGCGAGCCCCCGUUCAACGCAAAGACGCAUUUCCAACUCAUUCAGAAGAUCAAAGACGGCAGGAUUAAUCCUCUGCCGGACAUGUACUCUGCCGAACUCAACCACGUCAUCAAAGACUGCCUCAAGGUCAACCCCGAUAGGAGACCGGAUACCGCGCAGCUGCUCAACAACCCAAUUGUGAAGCUUAUGAGGAAAGAAAAGGAGGUGGUUGAUCUGAACCGAGCGCUUAAGGCGCGUGAGGAGAUCCUACGCGAGAAGGAGGCGACACUGAAUUUGCGACUGGUCAGCAUGGAUAAGGAGAAGCACAUAAUGCGCGAAGAGCUGGACGCCUCUAUACGAAGAGAGUGGGAGGUCAAAGCCCGACUGGAAAUCGAUCGACAGAUAAACGCAGAAAUGGAGAGACUGAAGAAGCAGUUUGACGAGGAGGUCAGGAGCCGCGUGGAGAGGGAGCUGGAAAAAAGCCGCAAGAGAGCACCAUCACCACCAACAGAAGACGUGCAAAUUAUCGACUCUCCUGCCGCGAGAUCUGACCAGCCGCAAAACUCGUCUGCUGACGGGAGCGGCGACGAGUUCCCUUCCACCACCGACAUCACAGAGCUUUCUUACAAUGCCGAAAGCCCAGACUUCAACAAGGAAGUCAAACGAACAGCGCGGACGCCCUAUAGCAGGGCCCAAACGUAUGCCGGCCCCCACGGCACUCCCAUGGAUAUCGAAAUGGACUCGCCCCCUGUGGCCAUUGCCUCGCUAUCGCUGUCUCCGCGCCGCCGCGGCAAGGUUCCAACGCACCAAGGUAACAUCUUUGCGGCGAACUCGGCUUCCAGGGCGGAAAAUUGGGAUCUGAUGAGAGAAGCCUUUGAAGACUCAGACGACGACGACGUUACUCCUUCUUCGCCGACGCGACACAGAUCAACAAACAGUUCAUCGAUUAACAAUCCCUUUACGAACAAAGAUCGGCCGGUUCUCUCUUCGCAAAAGGCCUCUAACAUUACCUCUCGUCUGAGAACUAGCGGAACCAAGUCGAGCGGCUUCGUCUCCAAAGCCGCCGUCACCUCUGCUCCAACCACACGGUCGCGCUCUCCAGUCAGCCGGUUGACUAAGAUUCCCUCCGUCGCUAACCUCACGGGGACGAAAAAUGUCAGUGAGGCUAACACCCCGUCGCCCACGUCCGCGUCAUCCAGCACGUCUCGCAGGUUGUCAUCUAAGAAGGACGGCUCUGCGCAUAGCAAAGUGACAGCCACUAAGAGGGACGUCAAGGGCCGGACACUGGUCGAGCUGCAGCAGGCACGUGCUGGAGGCCGCCCCCUGAGCGUCCCGGGCAUACCGCUGGGCGAGAACGUGAGCUCUAAGAGGGCCGCGGCUUCGACGAAGCCACAUCGAGAUCGUGUAGUCAGCUCCGGACACGAGCCGGUGGCCGUGUGGGACCCGGAGCGAGACGAGAUGCCGAGUCCCUUCCUGGUUCGGACCCGACGCAUCGCGCAGGUUUAG